CUAUAAAGAUCCCACCCCUUUUUAACAGGUAACAAGCCCCCGGCAUUGCUUCCAAACAGAGGGAGAUACAUGACGAAGGAUCUUAGUCGGAUGGCAAAGUUCUGCCAGGUGCCAUUGCAACUUCCCAAGGAUUUCGUAGGGACUGUUAUUGAGAAAGGCAGUCUAUCCGCUAUGCGUUUUGUCACAGCUGUGGAUUUAACACAACCUCAGUUUGUAGAGGCUGUGUCUAGAGAACUUUGGAUGCGCAUUUGGUCCCGGGAUGAAGAUAUUACCCAGCCAGAAAAUAUUUUGGCAGCUGCAGGGAAAGCGGGAUUAUCUUCAGAUGAAUGCAAGAAGCUUCUGGAAAUGGGCAACUCACCUGAAGUGAAGAAUCGUCUGAAAGCAACAACAGAUGAAGUCCUACAACAUGGGGUGAGACACAAGCAUUACUUCAAGCCAAAACUUUGUGAACACAGCCCCUUUUGAGGAAUGUAAUGUGGGGAAUCAAAGGUGCAAGUAGCCAC